UCUGCUGAGCAGGGGCGGACUGACCAUUUGGAAACUCGGGCACUGCCCAAGGGCCUGGGGUCAGUAGGGGGCCCCAUGAGAUGCCCCUGGUACCUUUUUCAUAGGCUUUUUUGAGUUUGGGCAAGGACACAGGGUCCCCAUGAUCCCCUAUUGCCCGGGGGCCCCAUGAGUUGUCAGUCCGCCCCUGCUGCUGAGGUUUCGUGUUUUCAUAUCUGAAUUUAUUUAGUUGUCAUGUAGUGUUUAGUGUUGGCUGGCAAUGAUUC